UUAGAGCUGAGGGACUGGGAGGGACGGAAGCAGUUUAGCUCAGUAGUUGGAGCUGAGGGAAUCAGAUAAUAGAAAAAGCGAGCCAUUGUAAACAGCAAGACUGAAGGUCACACAGUUUCUAGUCAUCUGAACCCUGGGGUGUUUUCGGUGCUGUUGUCACAACAGAAAACCCAUCUGCCAUUGAAGUCGUUCAUGUGAAGCGAAGCCUGGAGAGGGAAUCACAAUCGGCACAGUGGAGCGCACGAGAAAUGCUGUUUCUUCUGGUGCUCGGUGCCCUACAAGAAAGGUCUAACAAGCCAGCAGUAUACUGAGAACUGCUCAGCCUGUUGUGCUGAAACUUGAUGUGGAGGUGAAGCCCUGAUCUUGCAGGGUGAAUAGCGACUUUGCACAGCUGCUCUUGGGCGAUCGAUUUAGGCACCAGCUCCCUGCCCCACACCAUGGCUUCCCCGCCCCCCAGCUCCCAGGGAGGCCCCGCCCUGCUCGAGCCUGCAGAGAAACCGCAGAGACACCUACUGGAGCAGGCUGGCACUGCACCCCAGGACACGGACGGAGGAAGGGAGGUGGUUGAUGGGAAGGCGGAGGAGCAGCAUGACGGAGAGGAGCAGGGCGGAGCCUGGGAGGAGAAGGAGGAGGAGGAGGAGGAGGAAGAGGCCGAGGAAGUAGAUCCGGUCCGUGUCCUUACGCUGCCCCUGCAGGCGCAUCACGCCAUGGAGAAAAUGGAGGAGUUCGUUUUCAAGGUGUGGGAGGGGCGAUGGCGGGUCAUCCCUCACGAUGUGCUCCCUGAUUGGCUGAAGGACAAUGACUUCCUGCUGCACGGGCACCGCCCCCCCAUGCCCUCGUUCAGAGCCUGCUUCCAAAGCAUCUUCAGAAUGCACACCGAGACGGGCAACAUUUGGACACACCUGAUUGGUUUCUUCUUCUUCCUAAUCCUGGGGAUCGCCUACAUGUUCAGCCCCAACAUUAACUUCGUGUCUCCGGUGCAGGAGAAGGUGGUGCUCGGCAUGUUCUUCCUGGGAGCCGUGCUGUGCCUCUGCUUCUCCUGGCUCUUCCACACCGUCUACUGCCACUCGGAGAAGGUCUCCCGCACCUUCUCCAAACUAGAUUACUCUGGCAUUGCUCUUCUGAUCAUGGGCAGCUUUGUACCCUGGCUGUAUUAUUCCUUCUACUGCUCCCCUCAGCCUCGCCUCAUCUACCUGGUGAUCAUCUGUGUGCUGGGGAUCACAGCCAUCGUGGUGUCUCAGUGGGACCGCUUCGCUACCCCCCAGUACAGAGCCGUGCGCGCAGGGGUGUUCCUGGGGCUCGGGCUCAGCGGCUUGGUGCCCACCCUUCACUUCAUGUUCUCCGAGGGCUUGAUCCACGCCAUCACGGUAGGGCAGAUCGGCUGGCUGUUCCUCAUGGCGAUCUGCUACAUCCUAGGGGUGGCUCUGUACGCGGCCCGCAUCCCAGAGAGAUUCUUCCCUGGCAGGUGUGACAUCUGGUUCCACUCCCAUCAGAUCUUCCACGUGCUGGUUGUGGCUGGGGCCGUGGUUCACCUGCACGGGGUGUCUCAGCUUCAGGCUUUCCGCUCCUCGCUGGGAGGGGGGUGUGCUGCGGACACCAUGCUGUGAGGACCAGCUAGCCAAGGCAGCAUCUCGGACACAGCAACAGACACUCUCUCUCUCUCUCUCUCUGUCAUUUAAAAGAACCGUGAGAGAAUCCGAGAUGGGCAAGUCUGCUCCAAGGUAACCCGAUUUGAGAAAGUCCUGGGCGGGUAAUGUUUUGAACUACCCUGGGGUGGGGUGGGGUGGGAGAUGACUUACAUACCCUCUCCUCUGUGCAAUAAAAAUAUUACAAUGCUCAACUCCUCUCUGAAAAGAUUCCCCCCCCCUCCAUAAUUACGACAGGAAAUUUGCACAGAGAUUUUGUGGUUUUCCCAUCGUUCACCGUGCUCUGCCAGGAAUGAAAGUAAGACUCCUAUUGCAUAGCAGUUUUCGACCUUUUCCGGGUUUUACUACCAACUUGAUCAGCCCCCAGUGUGUCUAGGUAACAAGCUCAGGUGUGUCUUAUUAUUAAACUCAUAGUAAAACCAGUAAUGGAUCACACUGCUAUGCAAUGGGAGCCUUAUUUCCAUCCAUGUGUGCCAUGGUUUUUAAUAUGCUUUACCGUAUCUCUCUGGGCUUUACCGUGCUUACCUGUGCUUUCCUAGGCUCUUUUAUACUUUACUCAAUAUUAAGAUCUGGUACUGUUUAGAUAAUUGAAUCGAUUUACUUGUAUGUUUUGGGGUUAAAGUUUGAUACAAUCCUUGUCUCUGGCCCAGCCUAUUGUUGUCCCUCACAAAGUGACGAAUUGUUUUAAUGGCUGAAAAGACGCUGUGAUUUUUAUUACGAGAACUGUGAUUGGUUGAUUCUGUAACGUUUCUUGGUAACCCACCAAUCACAAGGCUUUUUUUUUUGUACAUGUGUAGCCGGUAAUACACAUGCAGAUGGUUUCACAGCCCUUGAGUAGCACUAAUGUGGGACUUCCUUAUCUAAGAUCGUUUCAGACGGUCCAAGAAAGUAAUAAUGUUUGUGUAAAAUUGGGAUGUAGGUAUGUGAGAAAAGCAGACUCACUAGGGAACAAAAAAAUAGUACAACAUUUAAAAAAAGUGUAAUCGAGAAUUUAUAUAAAGAAAAAAAUCUUAACGCACAAAUGCAAGGGAGAACUUUUUUUUUUUUUAAAAACACACAUUUUUUUCCCUGCUAAAUAAUCGUCUCUCCCUAGAUCAUUCCCCUCCCCUUUUAAGGUGGUUUUGAUGACCUUUGAUUCAAUGUUUCUCUCGUGCAAUUAAAAAAAAUUAAAAAAAAAUUAGGGAAUAUAAACAUACUGGACUAUCAACUAGAUCUGUUAAAGCAACGGAACAGUAAAACUACAGCUGUGGCCAAAAAUUUUAGGAUUGAGACACAAUAAAAAAAAAUAAACAUAAUUUAGAUAUUUUAUUUAACAUCAUGUUAUCAAAGAGAAACUACAUUUUUCAACAGUUUUUUGUUGUGUAUCUGGAAAAUUACAAAGCGGUGUGUGAUUCAAUAUGUUAACAAGGGAACAUUAUUCAGCAGCUUUCAUUGCACUCUAUGAAGCUGAGGGAGUUCAUUCUAUAUAGAGGGGGUGGAAUUCAAUAUGUUAACAAGGGAACAUUAUUCAGCAGCUUUCAUUGGACUCUAUGAAGCUGAGGGAGUUCAUUCUAUAUAGAGGGUGUGGAAUUCAAUAUGUUAACAAGGGAACAUUAUUCAGCAGCUUUCAUUGGACUCUAUGAAGCAAAAUUAGUUCAUUCUAUAGGGGGGUGAUGCAAAACUUUUGGCCAGAGCUGUAUACUUUUAUUGUGUUGUUGUAACAAUUUUUUAAACAGUGAUACUUGGAAAAAAUAGCGACUAUCACCAUACUUUUACGAACUAUAGGGAUAUUUCUGUCAAAAUGGAACGAUGCGACAUGAAAACACUGUAAUUUGUAUAUAGUUGAAAAAAAAAAUAACAAAACAACAAGAUUCAUGUCUUUAGUAUAUCUGAAGUGUGUGUGUGUUUUUUAAAUGUGUAUUAACAUCCAUGAAAACGGAAUUAAUUAAUUAAUUAAUUUAUUUAUUUAAUAAUUUAUUGCUUCGUUUUAUAUAUUUUUCCUGGUCCAUUGUGUAGUUUUGCCUGCAUUUGCAUUUCGAAACGUGACACUUAGACUGAGUGCAGGUUUUGCUUGCAAUACUUUCCUGAAUGUUUCACCUGUAUAGCUUUGGCCAAAAGUUUUGCACCGCUAGAGUUUUAGGAUUGAGGUGUAAGAAUUAAAAAGUAAGAUCUUUUAUUUAACAUCAUGUAAUGAUAUCGCAAAAGUAGCGUUUCAUGUUAGAUUUCAAAAUGCACAUUUUGUCAGUUUUUCGUUAAGUAUCUGGAAAACUACAAAGCGGUGUGCAAUUCAGUAUGUUGACCAUAGCAUUAUUCAGCAGGUUUCAUUCGGCUUUAUGAAACAAAAUUAGUUAAUUCUGUAGGGUGAUGCUAAACUUUUGGCCAGAGCUGUGGAGUGAAAUAGCCCCACAACUUCAAUACCUUCCUUCUUUCCUUCCUUAACCAAUGAGCUGCCUCCCCUUAUGACGGACAUUCUUUGCAGCCAGUAAAAAUUAUUUGACCUUGAACAAAACUCCGAAGUGACCCAGGAAGAGUGGCUGAUAUCUUUGAAGGUAAAGCAAGGACACCAAUAACUUUAUUUGACCAGUUUUCUAAUACCGGAUGUUUUCAAAUGAAUACACAUGUUUAUCGGUUAGAUUUCUAGUCAGUUCACUUCACACAGUGUCUUCAGAGUCACGUUAUUGUCUGAAGCCAUGUCAAUCAAUAAGGGAAACAGCUGGCUGGUUAACAACAGUAGAUAAGCCAUUGAAGGGGUGCGGACAAUUUCACGCUCCAGGCAAAUCUAAGAAGUGCAAGACUACCUGAAAGCAAAGGACGCAAACUGAGAAAUUUCUUCAACCGUGUAUGGCACCAGGUAUCAAAAUUUAAAUACAUUUUAGUUUCUUUAACAUGUUAUAAAAACUGUACAGGUGAGGCGUAUGUAGAGUGCAGGAAAGGUUCAUGGAAUUAGAUUUCUGAAAUAUUAUCAUGAUGUGUGUUACGAAGAUAUCUUGCACAAUGGACAAGGCAUCAACUGUGCACUGAGAAUAUACAAUUACUGUACAUAAUGUCUGUGCCAAGACAGAGACAGCCAUUGAUCAAUUGCAAGACCAAGACCAACUGAACUGGAGCCACCAGUUGAGUCAAAAUAUUUGAUACGGUUUCAUCUGUCCUUUGGGAUAUUUUUGGACAGUGUUGACUUGAUUUUUACACAUGCUGUACUGGCUAAUGCAGUCUUACUGUGUUGGAGUGGCUGCGUCUCUCUGUUGUGCAGUCGAUGCUUUGUUGAAAGUAAUCCCUGCAAAAAUCUGUGUCAUCUUGAGUCGUCUUGUAAGCAAGUAGCUUAAACACAAGUUAUCCAACCGAUUUAAAAUAUGCACAACGCUUUUUUUUUUCAUGUCCUCAUUACCAGUGUUUUUUAUAAUGCCUUUGAUAUAGGAAAAUGCGUUCUGAUAUGAGAUUCUUAUGCAACCUGCAAGCGGAGCUGUGCUGUACUGUAAAGGGGGGCCUUUGUGACGUUAUUUAUUUAUUUUUUUCCCAAACUGUAAAUGUUAUCGCAGGUUAACAGGAUUCAAAAUCCCAAUGAAACUGAACAGCAGAGAGAUUCUGCUAGGCAUAUAACAGUCACUAUUCAGACUAGGUACAUUUUGAUGAAAAGCUAGUAGAUUUUAUUCAAUUUAUAGUGUGGUGGGUGGGGAAUUUUUAAUGACAUACUUGUCAUAAUUGGACUUGACAGGUUUAAGCCACUGCUUAAAAGACUGACUCAAGACUGAGGUCUUCUGUAUUGAUACAACACCAGAAGCCACAUUACAGAAUACAACCCUAACUGUUUCAAAGAAAAAAAGAUUAAGGGACAAGGUGUAGGCUCUGUGACCUAAUCAGAACCACACAAUACCCAGAACCUUUCAGCCAGCACUGUACUUUUUCAGUCCUCAUUAGUGUCUACACCUGUUUUAAAAACAAAAGCGCCAAUUCUAAUGAGGCCUGUGUUUUUUAAUAAGACAAAUAUUAGUUUUGAGUUCGCCAAGCAAUUCCAAAUGAAUCUUAAGCACUUUUGAACAGUUGAUGUCUGUAUUUGACUGCACUACAACAGCGUGGUUUUACUGUUGAAAAAAAAAAAAUAUAUAUAUAUAUAUAUAUAUAUGAACACCUCAAGAUCUGUCAUUGAUAUCCUUUAUAUACCUGCCUGCAUGCAAACCUCUGGGUGUGAGAAUUUCAAUUUCUGCUCAGUAAUCAGUGAUACAGAAACACUACGCUCUCGUGUGUGAAAACAUCAGACCGCUUUGUGCUUUAAUCAGGCCUCUUAAACAACUUCUAAAAAGUGCGUUUGAACAUUUUUGGCUGUGUGUUCCUUUUCUCUUACCGUUUUAAAUUCGUUGCAUGAGUGGCCUAUAGAGUCAUCGAUUUAAUUUAGACAAUCACUAAUUUAGCCCAUUUUCCAAGAUUUUCAGUUCCAGUGAUUUGAUUUCAUACGCACAACAAAAUCACAACCACAGAAGCCACGGGGUCUUCUCAUACAUUUGCACACUGCUGUGACAUUAUUAUAUGCAUUGCCCUUUUAUGCAAGUGCCAAGGCUUAAUUUCAGAACAAAUGUCAUUUUAAUCUCUUUUUAACAUUUCCAUUACUAUAGGUGUUGGCAGUGAUGUGAAAACCAAAAUAAUGACAUUUGAAGCUGCUACUGCUACAAAGUUGAAUUAUUGCACUUUGCUUGUUUCUACCAUUAAAAUGAUGGGAGUCAUUAAAGAACUGGCCGUUAGGAGCAUUCCAGUAUUGUGGCCUCUGGUCCCCAUUGUAGCCUGUUGCUAGGUAACCACAACAAAGGGAGAAGCUCAGCCCUGUCGUUUUGUGUGUAUCCUCCUCAAGGUUUGAGGCUGUCCCGUUGCACCCAGGCAGGCGUUCAGAGCAUUAAUUGUCUGUUGUUUUAACCAUACAGGAGCAACACAGCUGUUUACUCUCACAAAACUAGAACCACUUCAUGCUAAGUUUCCGUUGGUCACUGGGACUGGCUUGAAAGCGGUUUCAAAUCGGGCUUGUUUGUUUCCAUCAGCAGCAGAACCGAGAUCAGUUUCAAUCGGGACUGUCGGACACUGCUAGGAUAACGGGCUUGGCAGAACUGGAUCUCUCCAAACCUGAACAGUAAAACAGUAUGUAGGCAGAACAUGAGCGCUGUGACUAUUAUACUGUCAGGGGACUGUUGGAGGGGAUGGUGAAUUCAUUUAUAAAUAGCAGUUAUACAAAAAAACACAUGAUACAUACUGUACAGGUGAUCUUUGACACUAGACUGGUUGCAGAUUGGACGACUGGUUUCGUGUUGCUAAUGGAAACACGGCAUAAGUAAUACAACUGAAGGUCUUGUAAUUCCAUAACUCUUCCAUUAUUUAUAUAGGUCUCAAGCGUACAGAGAGCUAACCUCAAGUAGCAGCAGAUAUGACGUUUAAAAUGAAAAUACAUGGGAGCUGUUAACAUGUGUUUCUUUUGAAACUGCACAUUUUGAGACUGGUUUAGAUCAUGGAAGUUUUAUGAAAUUGACGUUGUUCGCUACACUUCCUUUUAAUAAACAGAUGUAUCUCCCAGUAUAAGCUGGUACAUUUAUAAUGUGGGUUGCAAAUUGUUACGUACUCGCAUACAUUGUGUGUUUCUGAUUGGUGAAUUGAUUCAUUCAAUUUAAAGGCUUUGAAAGUAUGCCUAACAUUGACCCAAUAUUCUUUUUGUAGGAUUCUGUUACACCUGUGUUUCUGUUUGUUUAUUAUAAAACCACCCAAAGAAGACUGUUAAUAUUAUUUCCAAGUUUAGAUGGUUUUUCGCUGAAGAUGAAUAUGUCUGUAAAUAUAUAAAUAUUAAAACAAGUAGCACAAUAGAAUUUAAAAAUAAAUUCGAGUCAUUUUUUUUUUUCCA